AGCAAAUACCAACAGCAUAGAUGUUUUCACCUACAUACUCACUCACCAGGGAAGAGCAAACACCAAAAAGAUCAGACAGCAGUGUGUGAGCUGCCCUAGCGCAGUCUCCUGUGCAAGACAAAGCUUGUAUUCGUGGCCAUAUCGGUAACGUGGACUCUUGGUGGGGAAGAGUGAUACUGUGGCAGAGAUAAUGAAUCGCCGAGGGAGAGUCAUCCCUGGAACUGCAGCCCCAGCAGAAGAGAGAAGCUGCUCCUGGCUGAACCCCUGGGUCUUCCUUGUUUCUGUCCUUGCCAUCAAAACUGCCUUUGUAACCAUCUGCCUCGUUUUCCUUCAUGGAAGCUCUGGCCAGUACAAGACUCUGCUCCAGAAUGCCACAGGAUGGCGCUGCGUCCCCAACGUAUCUGCAAGCAAAAAGGGCUGGAUGUGCUGCCCAAAUGGCUGGAAAUGCUUUCAAAAAAGCUGCUAUUAUCUGUCGACUGAUAAAAUGUCCUGGGCUGAGAGUGUGCAGAACUGCACUGGGAUGGGCUCCCAGCUGGUGGUGAUCGACAGCAAAGCAGAGCAGGAAUUUCUCUUUAACUUGGCGAAAGGAGUGUUUGCUAACGCCUAUGAAACAAAAUACUACAUAGGCUUAAGUGCUUAUGAAAGUGGGCAGUGGCAGUGGGUGGAUCAGACUCCAUAUAAGAAGUCAGCCACGUUCUGGAAACCUGGUGAACCCAAUUUACUCUUUGCAGAAAAAUGUGCUGCAAUUCACGUCAAGGGAAAAACAGACCCGAACACUUACAGUAACUGGAACAACAUCCUUUGCUUUACAAGUUGCUAUCGAAUUUGUGAACUGGCAGUCAAAUUUGUCUGAGGAAGGAAACUCCACUUUGGAUGAAGGACCUGAAGGAGUGUCCUUGAGAAAGGGUAGCUCAUGAAGGAGACGAUGGAAAGCUGGCCUGAGCUCACACAAAUGCUUUCCUUUGCAAAGUAGAAUGAGCAAGCCUGACACAGAAUCCCAGCUCCAAAGGACCUCAGUUCCCAGCCUGUGCCCCUGCAUCUCUUUCCAAGACGGAGACCAGUCCUGGAUGAAAUCACUCCGACUGAUUUCAAUAACCUCUUGUGCCCCUUUUCACUCUCCUCCUUCUCAGCUGGGCGGCCUGAGCCUCCAGUACUUUCCCUGACUCCUUGUCCAUUUGAUAUCUCAAUGAUGCGGAAAAGGCCCUCUCUGUUUCAUGGAAGGAUACCAGUCCUACAAAUCACUGGAGCAGUCAGUGGAGUGUGCUUGGCCCAUCCCUAAAGGCAACAAUGAUUCAUGGCUUAUCUUUAAUGUUUCCUUCUUCCUUCAGCAUAUUCUGUGUUGAUAAGUUAAAAACACCCCAUACCAAUAAAUGUUAACUCAGCUUUUUGUAUGAGGCUGUCUUUUGAGCGACAAGUCCCAGCCCCCUGCCAGCCCAGCCUCUCUGCGUGGAGGUUUUAACUUUUCGGUGUGUUUGGCACCCCUAGGUGAGGAUGUUACUGUGAAUGCGCUGGACUGGCCGGGGGU